UGCGCACGCACGGACGGUGCAACCAGGGUCGGUGGUCGCCCGGGGCGAUGGCGACGGCCGCCGGGGGGGCGCCGAAUGCGGGUGCGGGUGCGGGGGGCUGGCGCCUGCCGGGCCGAGUGCUGGAGUUCGUCUUCUCCUACUUGGACUUGCGCGAGCUGCGGAGCUGCGCGCUGGUGUGCAAACUGUGGCACCGCGUCCUGCACGGCGACGAGAACAGUGAGGUGUGGCGCAGCCUGGCCGCCCGCAGUUUGGCAGAGGAGGCGCUGCGCACCGACAUCCUCUGCAACGUGCCUACCUACAAGGGCAAGGUGCGUGCCUUUCAGCAUGCUUUCAGCACCAAUGAUUGUUCUAGGAAUGUCUACAUUAAGAAGAAUGGAUUUACUUUGCACAGGAAUCCCAUUGCUCAGAGUACAGAUGGAGCAAGGACCAAGAUUGGCUUCAGUGAAGGCCGCCAUGCCUGGGAAGUCUGGUGGGAAGGUCCUCUUGGCACAGUGGCAGUAAUUGGAAUUGCUACAAAACGAGCCCCCAUGCAGUGUCAGGGCUAUGUGGCACUCCUUGGCAGUGAUGAUCAGAGCUGGGGCUGGAAUUUGGUGGACAAUAACUUGUUACAUAAUGGAGAAGUCAAUGGCAGCUUUCCCCAGUGCAACAAUGCUCCAAAGUAUCAAAUAGGUGAAAGAAUUCGUGUCAUCUUGGACAUGGAAGAUAAGACACUCGCUUUUGAGCGAGGCUAUGAGUUCCUAGGGGUUGCAUUCCGGGGACUGCCAAAGACUUGUCUGUAUCCAGCAGUGUCUGCUGUGUAUGGCAACACUGAGGUGACGUUAGUUUAUCUGGGGAAACCUUUAGAUGGAUGAUAUUGUUUUUUACUAGGAUAUGAAGAUCAAAUUAAUAAUGGGGAGAAACCUGCAUGUAGGUCAAAAGGAAAGCAUGGGCAACAUGUGUGGAUGUGUCAGACAAACAUCUACAAAAAUCCCAGACACUUGAUUUGGAAGAUCAGCUUGCGUUGUUUCCUUUUUUCUGCCGGAUCAGAAAAAUCCUCAGGCUUUGCAGUUGGUUGAAUGGGCAGUUAACUACAUGCAUGAUGCAUAAGAUUUUGUUGCAGAAGUGGCUAAUGUGGAAUCCUGUACAUAUUCAAGGCAAUGUUAACUAAAGUGGUUGAGGAAAUUAUCUGAGACUUGUAGGUAGUGUGUGUUGUGAAAAGGCUCCCUCUCAAAAUCCUUCCCACCUGUCAGCCAGUGUUUUUACCAAAGGUAAUUGAAACUGGUUGGGUAUAUUUAAUAUAUUUUAAAAGUACUGAGAUGCAUGGUCUCUGGAAUCAACUUCUCCAGAGCAAAACAUUGUGCAGCUAUGUUAAAUAUGUUUUAAAGACUGUAUGUACAUAACAUGUUAAAAUUUAGAACAAAACAGAAUGUUGGUUUUGCUUUAACAUGGAUUUAACUUUUUAAAAUGGAAAAACCACUACAUGUCCAUCUCUAGGACCAUAACUGAAAACUGACAAUAUGUAUACAAGUGCACUUCUUUUGAUUUACUGUAGCGCAUCUCUCGUGGAAAAAGAAGUUAUGUAUGCUUAUUGUAAAAUGACUGCAAUUCAGUAAUCAGAAUUGUGUUUGAACGGGAAGGGGGAUCCCAUUUCUGAUAUGAAUGUUUUUGUUUUACUGAAGUCGGGUUGUGUUUUGCAAAUGACAAUGAGAGUUUACAUGUAUCUUCUGGAACAAAUGACUUAAUGUUGCAAACUGUGAGCAUUCUCCACCAAAUACUGAUAUUUGGCAUCUUCAAAACUGUAUGGUGGAUACACAUUUGCCCUGUUUGGUGGAUUGUGCCUUUCUAAAAGUGUGCUGCAGUACCCACAGCCAUUCAUUGUGACUGGUAAACAAUUUUGCUUUCUUGCAAUAGAUAUCAAGCCUCCCAUAUUAAAGUAAUUAUUUUGAAAAUUAGGCUUUUAAAGUCCUCUAAAAAUAAUGUUUAAAAUUUCCUACAAAUGUGUUAAAAUAUUUUAAACUUAGCUUAAAUACUUUGAAUCUUAAUUACAAUGCGCCUGCUGGCGUUCCUUGAUUCAGGGAUGGUGAGUUCUGGCUAUCUGUGGUCAGUUGCUGCAAAACUUUAUUGUUGGGAAAUUCUGAAAUUGUGCACAAGAUAAUGGCACAAUUGCCCGACAAUCCCCUCUCUACCCCCAGUGUUUAAUAGCUUUGCCUUUCUCUGAAAGAAUACAACAUUCAUGCAUAUCCUGCAAAGUUUCAAUGUUUUAACUUGAUAAAGUCCUCAGUCCGAGCCUUGGUACUAAAUAUUUUUUUUGCCGUACUUUAUAGGGCUAUUUAUUUUAAGUCUAAGUGAUAAAACGUUUUGGGAGGAAACAAGACAUUGUUUACAUAUUUUGUUUUAUUAUCUGAGUCAAACAUUCUUGCCAAUAUCAAAGAGUUUGCUAGGCAUGCAGAGGAGGACUCCUCCUCUUGGAUACGAAUUCUUGUUUUAACCAGGGAAAGUGGUACACGCAGCUGGGUUCUGUGAGUUCCACUAAAUGCGCAGGUGUGUAUUUUUAAUAUUAAACUUGUAGCCUACACAAAAAAGAUUAUAUUGCUGCAUGAAAAGUUUAAAACUGUAAUUCAUAGUGCCACUAAAUCCCAACAUAGUAGCUCCAGUGGUCAUGCUGUGGUAUUUCUGGCAAAUCUAGUUCAGUCGGUCUUCUCUUAAGACCACUUGUCCUAAUGUCCUGUCGUCUUUGUACAUCUGCCUGUUUCCACUACUGCUGCUGUGAUCUCAGAGACAGACAUAUUUAAGUGCUUGGUUUUGGAUGACAAAUCACCUAUCAAUCAGUGGCCUGGGAGUGGUGAUGGCAUCGUGCUUGGGAGAAAGUGGUUGCUCAUAGUAUGGGUGUAAAAAACAGGGGUCAGAAGACAUUACCUUAUGCCAUAAGAGCUUCAUGUUUGCAUGCUCUCAACAGUUCAGGCUUUACUCUGUCCACGUGAUUUUUUUUUCUGCUCCCUCUUGGUUCAAGCACCGCAUCAUCCCAUGCUGGGGGGAGGAGGGGCUGCAUGUGUGAACCUUUUUUCCCUAUGUUUAGUAUAUCGCUGUUUGACAGAACAAGUUCAUACCUGUCUGUUCCUAAAAUGCAAAACUAAGCAAAUAAAAAUGUCUCUCAGCACAUGGUACUAAAACAACACACCCCUGAUUGAAGUGGUGAAGGUGUUCAGCUUUUUCCAUGUAAAAACAACCUUGGGAACAUUGACUGUAUACUAUGCUACAAAAUAGAGCACUACCACAAGAUUCUGUGGCAUGAAUUGAAAUAAAAGAAAAAUAGCUUCUGUUUGAAAAAUACAAUCUGCCCAUGUGUACUUGAAUAGCUUGCCCUAUGUGAUUAUUUAUACAUUCCAAGUAAAGAAAGCUAGUCCUAAGAACUGUGCCAGGGAAUUCUUAUUGGUUACAUUUUACUUCCAUUUGUAUAGGAUCCCUUGCAACCUUUUCCUAUACACUUGGCAUAUAGCAUUCCGUUUUUGCCAAUGAUCCAUAAUUCCUUGGGGUGCAGGGGACUGCUUAUGUAUAUAAAUCUCUUAAAUUAUUACCUGAAAAUUAAUUGCAAGCUGUAGAAAAUACUGAAAUAAAUUGUUAAAAUAUA